AUUGUACUUCCGUAAAUUGAGACGAGAAUGGAAACUGAGGAAAGAUGAGCAACAAGUGGUUUAUAAUCUUUAUUUUACUCUUUCUGUUCCUCUUAAUCAGUAUAUCAUGUGCCCGUGUGUGUCCAUUAGGCAAAUUUGGAUGGCAUUGUAAGUUUUCAUGUUUUUGUGCGGAAGGAGACUGUGACUCUGACACUGGUUACUGUCCUUCAGGCUGUAAAAAGAAUCGCUAUGGACCAGGAUGUCAGCUUCUGUCGGUGUAUCGAUACUCCAAGCUAGCACACGGUUACCUUGGAAACGCUGACAGAACCGAAUCAGGCAAACAAUGCGUGCUGUGGAACAACACAGUCUUUGUGGAGUUUUACGGGCUGAAGGCAUCGAAUUUUCCUGACAAAGAGAUUCCUGGGGCUGUCUGUCGAAACCCACAGGACCAAAGCUUGAAUAAAUUGGGACUGACAGACAAAGGGCCUUGGUGCUUCACUAACUAUAUAGAGGAUUCCACCUACAUGGACACGUGUGACCUUCCACUUCGAGGUUGUGACCCGGGAAGAUUCGGUGAGAUGUGCGAGUUUGAGUGCCACUGUAAGAAUGAGGAACCAUGCUCUCAACUCGGCAGCUGUCCCCACGGGUGUCACCCGGGCUGGAUGAACACCACGUGCCAGACUCGAUGUGAGUCUGGUCACUAUGGCGAUGGCUGUAAGUCAACUUGUGGACAUUGCAAGUCAGCCCCGUGUGACUUUGAGAUGGGAGAUUGUGAGGAUGGAUGCUCUGCAGGGUGGAAAGGAUCGCUCUGUAAAACAGGUUGUGACGCAGGAGAAUAUGGAGAGAACUGUCAGGAAGCUUGUGGGGCGUGUAUUGAGGGGACAUGUGACAGCGGCACUGGUCAGUGUGUCCGUGGGUGUCAGGAUGGCUACACAGGCGCCCUCUGUAAAACAGAGUGUGAUGCUGGCCGGUACGGAACGAACUGCAGCGGGACGUGUGGACAUUGUUUAUCAGGGAACUGCCAUUUUGUGUCGGGGGCGUGUAUGGGAGGAUGCUCCCCAGGCUGGCAGGGAGAGAAGUGUCAGGAGGCAUGUGAUGACUUUUCCUAUGGAGAGAACUGCUCCUCUAAGUGUGGGGCCUGUCGAGGCCUGACUCCCUGUCACAAGGAGACCGGACUGUGUACAGAGGGCUGUGAGCCCGAGUUUGUGGGCAACCUUUGUUUGGACUUAGCCCCACCUAUCAAGUUACCACAGAACUCCUCACUGGGAAGUGCGUUGGGAGGAGUGGCAGCAGUGCUCAUUGUCAUAGCGAUCGCUUUUGUUGUGUUCAUUCUGAUCAGGCGUAGAAGGAAGAGAAAAGACCCAUUGAGUAUGAAGCUUAAAACAGAUGAAGAACGGAAAUCAACAGACUUUCCCCCAAGCAAGGAGACAGAUGGGCUGAUCGCUAAUGAGUCUUCCAUGUCUGAUCACCUUGACGAUACGGACCCUAACCUGAACGAACCAAUCUACGCCAAUGUGAACUCCAAGAAACAGAGCAGUCCAGUCCAACUGCCGGACCUGUUUGAAUACAUCCGCGAAAACAAGAAAAAUGAGUGCGAAGGAUUCAAAAAGGAAUUCAAUGAACUUCCUCAUGGACUGAUGGCUUUGUGUGAUGAGGCCAGGAAACCUGCCAACAAACCCAAGAAUAGAUACGGAAAUAUAACUGCCUAUGACCACUCCCGAGUUGUGUUGGAGCCACUUCCCAACGAUCCAAACUCAGAUUACAUUAAUGCUAACUUCGUAGACGGUUACAACAGGAAAGAGGCGUACAUUGCAUCACAAGGCCCCACCAAAGUUAUGAUCCGAGAUUUCUGGAGGAUGGUUUGGCAGAAGCGAGUUUGUAAGAUAGUUAUGCUGACCAACCUAAUGGAAGCCUGCAAGAAAAAGUGUGAGCAGUACUGGUCAGAGGAGGGGGCAGCUAAGUACGGCGACAUCAGUGUGGAGAUGUUGGACACCGCCCUCUUCAACGACUUCACCAUCAGGACGUUUAAAAUCGCUGCGAACGGAAGUAGUCGGAUUGUGAAACAGUUCCACUUCACCAGCUGGUCUGACCACGGAGCCCUGAUUUAUCCCACGCCUCUGCUGACCUUCCGAAGGAAAGUCCGAAUGUACAGUCCGGACAGCACUGCUCCAGUGGUCGUUCACUGCAGUGCUGGAAUUGGGCGGUCAGGGACAUACAUUGCCUUAGACUACCUUCUGGACCAGGCCAAGAAUGAGAGCAUUGUAGAUAUCUUGAAGUGUGCCCAGCUGAUGCGAGCCAAUAGAAUCAACAUGAUUCAAACCUGGGAGCAGUAUGUGUUUGUUUACGAGACCCUACUAGAGGCUAGCCUGGCAGGGGAGACGACCAUUCCACACUCGGCGUUCCGAGCCCAGUAUGAGGAGCUAUGUAGGCCGGCGGAGGACGAGGGACCCACUCAGAUGGAGAAGCAGUUUCAGGUUCUACAGAAACUAACCACUAGCAUUGAUAGUGCCCAAUUUAAAGAAGCGUUAGAGCCAGAAAAUGUCAGCAAAAACCGGGUCAAGAACAUCUUACCGGCGAGGCGCUGUCGACCCAAUCUGUAUACCCAGGUAGAGGGCUGCAAUAACUACAUCAACGCCAUGUUUCUCCCGGGUUACAUCCAUCGGGACUCCUUCAUUGUUACACAGAUGCCGCUACCCAACACUGUAGCCGACUUUUGGAGGAUGCUGUAUGACUACAACUCGCACACAGUGGUCAUGUUGAAUGAGUUUGACAGAAAUGACAAGAGCUGUGCGUUGUAUUGGCCGGAGGAGUAUGGUUACACAGUGGAGUACGACCCUCUCAGUAUAGAACUCCUGUCUUCCACCGAGGACAACAAUGUCUCCAUCCGGAUCUUCAAACUCAGCAACCGCAUCAAGAAAGAAGAGCGUGCAAUCAAACAGUUCCAGCUGAAAACCUGGACGGAGAAUCAAAUUGUGCCAAGUAAUCCUGAUGCCUUGAUGCAUGUCAUAGAGAUGGUUUAUGAUUGGAUGAAGCAGAAUGGCAAAGGACCAAUCACAGUCCAUUGCAUGAACGGAGCUAAGAAGAGUGGACUAUUCUGCGGCAUUAACCUAAUGUUUGAGAGAAUGCAGAGAGACCACGAAGUGGACGUCUUCCAGACCCUCAAAACCAUCCGGGUCAACCGCCCUCAGUUCAUUGAGGACAGUGAGCAAUACCAGUUCUGCUACCAGAUGGCGCUGAAGUACCUGGAUUAUAAUGAUCUGUAGAAGGACAGAAGAUCUCUGUACAGCAACCCUCCACAAAGUGUAUUCAUAGAUGUAUAUCUACACACUGUCUGUCUGUGUGUCCUACACGUGUCUGUCUGUGUGUCCUACAAGUCUGUCUGUGUGUCUGUAUGACAGGUGCUAUUCAGUAUUCUCUCUGUAAGGACCAAUGUGGUAAAACUCGGUUGUGAUUCUAUUGUUAGAAAGGUUGUUCUUACUGUUCUAUACAUACAGGUUGUGUAAUAUGCCAUGAAUGUGAUCUAUUGUUACAUGUACUUUGUCUUAUAUUAGAAUUUGUAGUGCAUAUUUUUGUUUCUCAUUUAACGUGAAAGAAGUAUUACAACAAAGACCUAUUUUUAUACACAUGUACAUUACAGUUAUACAAGUUGUUUUUAACAUUCCUAUUUUCUGAGACUUUAGCAUUCUACUAAGGUUGUGAUGAGUACUUUUCUGUAUGUAAUAAAUUUAUCAGAUUUUAUAUUUUUAACACACAAGCAUUGUAACCUUACACCAAGACAUUGUGGAUCUGACAACAAAACCUCGUUUCUGAGGCCUAUGUUAUUUUCGGAUCUGUGGAAGCUCAGAGUGAUGUGGAAUGUCUUGGCAAAAACCAGGCGAUGCCUUUUGUAAACCAUGUCAGAUCUUGGCAGUUUUUCAUUCAUGUACCUUGGUAUCAAAUGGACCAAAAAUAUUUUUGCCAAAAUUAUCUGACCUUUGCAACAUAUUUAUUCAAAUUUCUAUACAUUGUAUGCUUCCGUACAUACAUGCACGUUUACUUUAGAGUUUGAAAUGAAAAGCUAGUACUGUUAUAUAAUUUAAAAUUUUCAUAAAAUUCUUCUCUUGGUGUAGCUCAAUCAAGAAAUCAAUGAUUCCAGAAUAGCCUAAUGUUCGAGGUUUAUUUUGGGUUUUUUUAUCAAAGUCAUGCAUACUUUUUUACAUGUCAUUUUUUUCAGAGUUAUUCACUCAAAUUAUUUGGGCAUACUUAUUUCAUUCCAAAGUUACUUAUACACAUACAAAUACAUUCAAAUAUAGAUGCUUGCUUUUCAAAUUCCAAUAUUUUUUAUAUUAUCUUGUUUCAUUGUUUUAUGUACAUUUCAUAUAACCUGGUAAUGUUAGUUAAAAUGUGUGUACUUUUAAAUAUAUAAAGCUUUGUUAACAUGAUAAAUACUCAAUGAAAUAACUUGUAAGUGUGCUGGCCCCAAUAUAGCAUGUGAUGUCUGUGAACCAAUCAUGUAGCUCUGUUUGUUUGCCUAACUCCAUUGUACCUAGAUUUACUGCUGAAGAAUUGCAGGCAGUCUCAUUGUAAGUUACAAGAAUGUGGAUCAAUAAACAAAGCUUUAUUGUGCAAAAUGUAUGUUUCUACAACCAAAGCUUUAUUGUGUGUGUAUCAUGUAUUGGAAAAGAAAACUACCUGCAAUUGUUAACUUUUUACUGUGUUUAAUGGUGUGUAACAACUGCUGAAAUGACUUAUAUCCAGUGAUACAUCAUUGAUCACAUUUUGUUAAAAUGAUGACUUGGUAAACAUACUGAAAAAAGGUGUUUUUUUUUCCUUUUAAUUCAAGAUAGUACUUUAAAAUUGGGCUGUUAUAGGGAAGGAGUGGCUUAUUGCAAAACAUAUGGUCUCAUGAAUUAUUAUUUUUAUGAUUUCCAAACUUUUGAAUGUCUCUACAUGAAGUUAAAAAUAAUUUAAUUAUUUUCAUGUCUCAUUGUCUGUCUUCAAAAAAAAAUUUCAAUCUUGAAUGCAAAUUAAUGUACCGGUAUGUUUAUGUGAAACAAUUGUAAUACAUGUAUUUGCCAAAAUUGUAUACAUUUACAGGUAGAUAAUAAAGUGAACAAAAAGUCAACAACA